AGCAAGACUGCCACAUCUUUCUCCCUUGGAACUGCUGGUGGGUUCGAGCCUGUGGCUUUUGUAUUUGCAGCUGAGUCCUUAAUGCACUGCAUCACCAGGACUCCUUGCAUAUGCUCACAAUAGGAAGUAUUUCUAGCCUCACAGUUAACUGCCAUUCCAUGAUGUUUGGUGGUUUUGAGACGAUAGAAGCAUAUGAAGAUGACCUUUAUCAUGAAGAAUCAUCUAGUGAAAGUGUCGAUAGCGAGGUGGAAUUUCACCUCUACAGCCAAGUUCAUUAUGCCCAAGAUCUUGGUAAUGUCAGAGAAGAGAAACAUGAAGAAAUGGACUCUGAGAAUUCUGAACUGCUGAGUAGAAAACCAAUUCAGCAGAAUCUAAUUGUCCUUUCCGAUAGCGAGGUCAUCCAGCUGUCAGAUGAGUCAGAGGCCCUCACCUUGUCUGAUGAAGACAGUGUUUAUAGAUGUAAAGGAAAGACUGCCGAAGUUCAGUCACAGGAGGAGACCCGGGGCGCUCCUGUUAAGAAGUAUCAGAGGGAUAUUGGGAAGCCCAAACCUGAAAAGAGACCAGGCGUGCUCCAAGAAGUCAUGAUUAUAGAGGUCAGCUCCAGUGAGGAGGAAGACAGCAGCGUUUCAGAGAGUGAUAAUGUGGAAAGCUGGAUGCUUCUGGGAUGUGAAGUAGAUGAUGAUAAAGAUGAUGAUAUCCUUCUCAACCUUGUGGGAUGUGACAGUUCUGUUCAUGAAGCAGAAGAUGGUGUAAACUGGUUCAUCGGUGACAAAGACGUUGAGGCCCAGAUAUGUAAUAAUAGAUCAUCUGGAAGAUGGACCCAACGAUAUUAUUCAGCCAACAAAAACGUCACCUGUAGGAACUGUGAUAAAUGUGGGCAUUUGUCAAAAAACUGCCCCCUUCCACAAAAAGUCCGCUCCUGCUGCCUCUGCUCAGAGAGAGGACACCUCCAGUAUGCCUGUCCAGCCCGCUACUGCUUAGACUGUUCUUUGCCUAUGUCUUCCGGUCAUAGAUGUUUUGAAAGAUCUUCAUGGAGAAAACGAUGUGCCCGAUGUGAUAUGAUAGGCCACUAUGCUGAUGCUUGCCCAGAAAUCUGGAGGCAGUAUCACCUAACAACCACACCAGGACCACCUAAAAAGCCGAAGACCCCUUCCAGGCCAUCAGCCUUAGUGUAUUGCUACAACUGUGCACAGAAAGGUCACUAUGGACACGAAUGUACAGAAAAGCGGAUGUUUAACCAAACGUUUCCCACAUCUCCCUUCGUUUACUACUAUGAUGACAAAUAUGAAAUUCAGGAGAGAGAACGAAGGAUCAAAAGAAAAGUCAAAGAACUUCAGAAAAAUGGGGAUUUUCCAAGGCAGUUCAAGAGAUCUCAUGUGGAAGAAGAUAAGAAGGCCCACCAUACUAUGCGAGAAGGCCGUCGUUCGUGGAAAAACAGCAGGUGGCCGCAAGAAAAACAAGGAACUCACAGAGACGUGGUGGUGAGCAGGAGCAGGAGCAGGAGAGAGCGGGAGAGGCGCCCGGAGGCCGACAGGUGGCAUGAAGUAGACGAGGACUUCCCCAGGGGCCCCCGACUCCACCAGAAGCCUCGCAAGUCUCUUCGCUCAGCACACGACCACAGGUCAAGAGAAGAAAAGCCGUCCAAAGAGGCCAAGCAGGGCAAACAGAAAAAGGAGAGAGACCUGGGCGAUGAUGAGCAUGAUAAUUUAUUUCUUAUUAAGCAGAGGAAAAAAAAAAUCUAAGUUCCGAAACCACUUUGGAUCUGACUGUCUUUCCAGUGUUCAUCUCUCUUUGUCUUAUCGACAAGCCUCUGGCCCCAUUUUUAUUACUUUUCAUGAAAUAGAGUCUGGUUCAGGGCUUUGUUUGUAAAUCUCAGCCACACAUAGAGCCACUGAACGAAGAACAAGGAGAUCUUAGUCCUCUGUAGCCAACAGGCUCUUAGGUAAGAAAACAGAAGGAUAAAUCCAUGUGUUCCCUGUUCUAAUGCAAUUUGUGUAGAAUUGAUCUUUUCAAGAAAACUUUGACAGAAAUACACAUAUAUUUUAAUAUUAAUGCCCAUCUAGUGAAAUGUAUCUGCAAAGUGGGUGUGAAAAAUUCUAAUGAAGCUAUCGGCAAAGUGGGUAGGGAAAUUAACCCUUGAGGGAAGAGAACACUGAUUAAAACAAAAUGAGUCAAGCCAGUUUAGUGUUCUGUCUCUCUGAUUUUUUCUUUUUUCAACAUUCGAAAGGCUGGUAGCUGUUCUCAGUCCAAACCCAGCCUUUCUUGCUUCUGAAGCCAGUCCCAGCAUCUUCCUUUGGUCACAGGCACAGGCUGGGGCCCGGGGAGACAGCGAGCCGGCGACAGUGGCGUACCAGGAAGGGGGCAGUCCCAUGGAAAUGUCUCGCGAGACGAGAGCCUGCAAAACGCUGACGUGAUCACGCGCUCUCGUUUUCAAGAAGACUGUCACUCGGAGGUGGCUGUUGUUCAGCUUUAAAACAAAAGCAAGCCGUAGUUUGUUUUCAUGGUUUUUUAACGACCGCAAAGCUAUACAGAUUUUUGUAUACUUGUUAAUCUUUUGUAGGUAUGUAUCAAAGCUUAAUGUUAGAAUACAAAAAAAUAAAAUGUCUGAAACACAA